GACUCUGGUCUCCGACUUUGCUGCUUUGUGUGCGCAUUCUUAGUCGAUUACGAUUCAGUCUACGUGGUGACAGUCCUACCAGAGGGUAUCACGAGGGCGCUACAACAACUACAACAACCAGAAACAAAGCAAAUGAUGUGGAUGAAUACUGGUGGGCGCAGUGAAGUGCUGCUGCUGGCGCUGUUGGCGCUGGUACUGCUACUGAUCGUUGGCGGAAGUGCGCAGCUACCGCGCAAACGCGAACGCCAAACCGAACGCUGUCCCCGGGUACGGGCGAUGCGCCACUUUAACCUGAACGCCAUGAUGGGCUCGUGGUACGUCAUCCAGUACUUUGCAUCGUCGGAGAUGUUCCCAGAGUAUGGCUGCAUGCGCAGCUCGUUCUCCACCUCCGACGGCUACGUGACGAUGAACUUUACGUACGCGUUCCUGGACGAUCCGGCCGCCACCAUCCAGCAGGGUAACAUCACCUGGAUCAUCCCGAACUACGGGCAGCCGGCACACUGGGUGCACGCCGAGAGUAGCUACGAGGAGAUCUACAACACCUACGUCAUCGAUACGGAUUACCGGUCCUGGGCGUUGCUGAUGCACUGCGCCGAGAAGACGAAAUCGCAAAAGUACCUGUCCGCGCUGAUGCUGUCCCGUGAACCGACCCUCCCGACCAACGUCAAGAGCUUCCUCCGCGAGAAGCUACCGCGCUACGACAUCGACCUGGAGCAGAUGUUCCCGAUCCAGCAGGGUAACUGCACGGGCGUGGGCGACCAGCCCUACUACCACCGCACCUGACUACUGUGUGUAAUCUUUGUUUUGUUCCUCUGUAUUGCCUCCCCAGUAAAACAAAGGUUUGAUCGCGACGUGAUAUCGCGAUGUCGCGACAGCGAAUAAAAGAAGCAGCAGCAGCAGCAACCGAAAG